AUGAAACUCGCCUACAUUUUCCCAUCUCUAGCAUUAUGGGCGAACGGAGCCUGUGCAUACAAACGACUCUCUCCUCAGCAAGCUGCAAAUGAUAUCAAAGUGCAAGAUCGUGCUUUUGGACUGCCGGGCUACAAAGCCUCUAUUGACUUCAUUCAUGAACGCUUAAGCUAUGGAGACCAAUUUGAUAUCUCCGUUCAACCAUUUACCCAUCUCUUCUCCCAAACUCGCAAGAUCGCUUUGACCGGCCCUGAAGGAGAGAAGGUCGAUGCGGUAUCCCUGCAAUACAAUCAUGCUACCCCUUCCCCCGGGGGUGUAACUGCUCCCUUGGUUUUGAUCCCUAUCGACGACGAACGUGGUUCAGGCUGUUUUGAAGAUCAGUGGAAGGGCAUUGACAUGAAGGGUAAAAUUGCUUUAAUAAAGCGUGGAAAAUGUCAUUUCAUUAACAAACUCAAACUCGCAAAAGAUAACGGGGCUUCAGCUGCUGUUGUUUUCAACGACAAUCCCGCGCAAACAGCUGGCUCUGGCUCCCUUGGUGCUGAAAAUAUUGGUAAACUUGCGCCUGUUGGUGUUAUCACAUACGAUCGCGGCAACGCUUGGGCAGACCGACUCAAGAGCGGUGAAACCUUGGAAAUCAACUUAAUUAUCGAUGUCAUUACUGAAAAGCGCGAGACCUGGCAGAUCAUAGCAGACACCAAGGAGGGUGACCCUAAUAACAUUGUUAUGCUGGGUGCUCAUCUGGACUCUGUUCAAGAGGGCCCUGGUAUCAACGAUAACGGAAGUGGUGUUGCUGCCCUGCUCAGUAUCGCUGAGUCGAUCAAGCAAAAGAGUUUCAAAAACAAGCUCAGGUUUGCCUUUUGGGGCGCCGAGGAGAGUGGAAUGAUUGGAUCGAAUUACUAUGUGUCGAAUUUAUCCAAGGAGGAGGCGAGCAACAUUCGAUUCUACUAUAACUACGACAUGAUCGCUUCUUUACAACCAUACUACAUUGUAUAUUCCAACUCUGAGGCGCAUAAAACUGGCGCCCAAUAUCUCUACGAGUAUUUAACUGAGCAUGGAUAUCCAGCGGAAUACGCGCCUUUCGGAAGUUCGUCUGACUAUAUAGGUUUUCUCGAACUCGGAAUUCCCUCAUCUGGCAUCUUUACUGGUGCUGGCCCGCCGCAAGAUGUCUGCUAUCAUACCGCUUGUGAUGAUAUCAAGAAUAUCAACAAGGAAGCAUUUCUUGUCAAUGCAAAGGCUGCCGCAUAUGCAGCAGCCAUUCUAGCCUUGAGUGUUAAAGAGGUACCUAAGCAUGAAAUCUCAAGUACAAAUCCAUCGAGCAAGCGUGGAAUGGCACGAAAUAUGGCUAGAUGGGCCAAUGUCGCUCGUGGAGCUGAGAAAGUACAUAGUUGUGGAAGUGAGAGAAAGGUCUUUAUGUGA